AUGUCAACAGAUUUGGUGUUUGUCAAAGAUAUUUCUGCUACUGCAAUAACGGGCAAAGAUGCCUGGAAUAGACCAACACCACAACCAAUCACCAUUUCGGUAUAUUUAAACACCGACUUCCACAAGGCAUCAGUCACCGAUAACUUAAAAUAUAGUGUCAAUUAUGCCGUUUUGACAAGACACAUUUCCGAUUUUUUAAAGUCAAAUGAGCAUCGGAAUUUCAAGUCGUUGGGUAGCAUUGCGGAAGCAGUAUCGCAAAUUGCCCUAGAUGAAAAGAGUGGAGGGAGUGAAAUUGCCAAAGUGGUGGUGAAGAGCCCGAAAUCUGAGAUUAGGGCUGAUUGCGUCGAGUAUGAAUUGGUUCGCAGUCGUGUUGAUCGAUUGACGAAUUACGAUGCGUAUAAUGUCACCAAGUUGCGUCUAUUGACAAUCAUUGGGGUAUUUACAUUUGAGAGACUUCAGAAGCAGAUUGUUGAUGUGGAUUUGAAAAUCAAAAUUACCAAAGACGAUCCUAAAUUAGAUUUUCACAAGGUUGUGGGAGAUAUUGUACAAUAUGUCGAGUCUUCCAAUUUCAAAACAGUUGAAGCGUUGGUGUUCAAGAUUGGCCAAUUGACAUUUCAAAAUCAUCAUGGUGUUGGAAUUGAGUCAGUUGAUGCGAGAGUAACGAAACCAAACGCGUUCAGUCAUGUUGAAGGAGUUGGCGUGAGUUCGUUAAUGACACCAAGGAAUUUCGUCGAUGUCGAACCAUUGACCCUAGAAUAUUCGCGACAGGGAAACGGUGGUUUCAACUUACCUGUAGAGAAUGAAGCUACACAGGGGUACAAGGGAAAGCACAUUGCUUAUAUUGCAAUAGGCUCCAAUAUCAACCAAUUGGAAAACAUCACAAAAGCACUCGAGAAAUUGAAAGCCUACGACAUCACUCUUGAAUCCACUUCAUCCAUGUAUAUAUCGAAGCCAAUGUACCAUCUUGACCAACCUGAUUUUUUCAAUGCAGCUGCAAAAGUUUCAUUUCUGGGUUAUUCACCACACAAGUUAUUGGAAAUUUUGAAGGAGAUUGAGUAUCAGCACUUAGCAAGAGUUAAAGAGAUUGAAAACGGUCCUCGUACUAUUGAUUUGGAUCUUUUGCUAUAUGAUAACGUACAGAUAAACACUAGUGAUUUGAUAGUACCACAUAAACUGAUGUUGGAAAGGACAUUUGUUUUGCAACCACUAUGCGAAUUGUUGCCACCAGACCAAACGCACCCAAUUAGCGCUGAGCCAUUUCAUGAUCACUUGCUGCAGUUGUUGCGUGACAAACCCGAUGAUCAUGUUCAAACGGAUUCGAGUUUGUUGCAGUUGGUUCCCGUGCCGAGAAUCUCAACCAAGGACAAUGUCAUGAGAUUCGAUCAGGUUAAUUACAAGUCACCCACGUUGAUCAUGGGAAUUUUGAAUAUGACUCCUGACUCAUUCAGUGAUGGAGGAAAGUAUUAUUCAUCCUCGUUGGAUAAUAUAGUUGGCGAGGCGGCCAGACUUGUUCAACAGGGAGCACAGAUUAUUGACAUUGGUGGUGUAUCUACGAGACCUGGAAGUGUGGAGCCAUCAGAGGAAGAAGAAAUUGAACGUGUGCUUCCUCUCGUCCAAAAAAUCCGAGAGUCUAGAGAUGCUGCGUUGGCCAAUAUUUUGAUUUCCAUCGACACGUAUAGGUCGAAUGUCGCAAGAAAGUGCCUUGAAGCAGGUGCUGACAUCAUCAAUGACAUAUCAAUGGGUCGAUACGAUGAGCGUAUCUUUCAAGUUGUGGCGGAGUAUGGAUGUCCAUAUAUCAUGAAUCAUUCAAGAGGCACUCCACAAACGAUGUCCAAGUUGACCAAAUACGAACCAAACAAGAAUGACGAUAUUGUAGAGUAUCUCAUUGAUCCGAAAUCGGGUCAGCAAGAAAAUGUCAACAAUCCAGAGUUGAGCAACUUUCUCAAUGGUGUUUCGCGUGAACUUUCGUUGCAAAUAUUAAAGAGUUUCAAAUAUGGUGUCAAAAAAUGGCAAAUCAUUCUUGAUCCAGGAGUGGGGUUUGCAAAAUCCUUGAAACAAAACUUGGCCAUUGUGGCUAACAGCUCCUACUUCAAGAAGUAUUCAAUCCAAGUCAAUCUACAGGAUAAGGAGGGGAGAGAUACAUCAAUCCAAACUCAAUCACUGUCGUACCUCAGCUUUAACGGAAUGAGUGUGUUGAUUGGUACUUCAAGAAAGAAAUUCUUGGGAACAGUAACUGGCAAGUUGAACACGCCCUCGGAUCGGGCGAUGGCUACGGCUGCAACAGUCACCUCAUCUAUUCAGCAGCAUGCUGAUUUCGUAAGAGUUCAUGAUGUUGACAAAUGCAAAGAUGUUGUGAUUACUAGUGAUGCAAUCUACAAAGACGUGUUCUAG